AUGGUCAUUUCGUCACAUAAGAACGAGAGGAAAAAGAAGCUUCUACGAUGUGCUCGGGGUGAGCGUUACAGAGGUUCAUUCACAGAUUCUGAUUCCUUCGUACGGAAAAAUACGAAGACAAAAGCGUGUAAGUGCAAAUUUAAAAUUAUUGUCAAAUUAGGAAAGACUGCAUGGUUUAUAUUUAUAGAUCCUGGUAUUUCGAGUACACACAACCAUGCUCUAGCUGUGUAUCCUGAAGGAUACCGUCAGAUGAGUGGGCUGAGUGGCGAGGCGAAAGAAAUUGUGCGAGAUAUGAGUGCGGCACAAGCGAAGCCGUGUUCUAUCAUGGCAGCUUUAAAAGAAAAAGUACCAUCUGACAACCCUACAAUAAAGCAAGUGUACAACUAUAGAGAGACUUUGAGAAAGUCUAGCUUUGAGGGUAGAGAUGUGGUUGGGCAAUUUUAUCACAUGGCUCAGCAAAAUGAUUAUGUGCACUGGACUCUUGCUGAGCAGUAUACAGGUGUGUUGACCUAUAUUUUCAUGGCUCAUCCUGAUUCAAUGAGACUACUUCGUACGUACUACUGGAUCAUCGGCAUGGACUCCACGUACAAGACGAACAAGUACAAGCUGCCUUUUUUUGAGAUUAUUGGAAUGACUCCUUGCAACAAGAACUUUAUAAUUGCAUAUGCAAUUAUGAAGGAUGAGACUGAAGGGAGCUACAGAUGGGUAUUGGAGAGACUGAGGUGCUUGAUUGGGGAACAUAUUCAUCCGAGCGCUAUUCUUACUGAUCGAGAAUUGGGGCUUAUGAGACCAGUGUCAGAGAGCUCCAACUUUUGA